AUGGCGCACGGCGUUUUCGACAUUCCGACUAUUAGUAUCGCCCCAAAGCCAGUCCACGUCAAGGCACGAUUGCAAAUCAAGCGCGUCACGAUUAAGUUCAUCGGCAAGACAACAUGUCGCAUUUCCAACGACCGCAACCCUGCGAAUCCCCACUGUGCCGAAGUUGAGCUUUUUUGCCAUGAAAAGACAUUGUCAAGGAUCCAGACACCAACUGCAACAUGCCCGCCCUCACGAAUAGAAUACCCGUUCGAAUUCCGGUUCCCAGAAAAAGUCGAAGGAACCCCCAAGCUGCAAAAUGAAGCUCCAUUCAAACCAGACGCACUUUUUGAACACGAGACCGGCCACCAGCUCCCACCGUCACUCUGGUGCAACGAAAACAGCAUCUGCAACGAGUACUUCCUGAGAGCCGAAUACGUUGCAGAACAAACAUCCUUCACUCUAAACCCCGUGGUAGUUCACCAGCUCCGCUUCAGCCCUUCCGUCCCCGAACUCAACAUACCCAGUCCACUCCCUCUGCUGCCCGCACCACCCAUACGCUUUGAACGCAAAUCCCGGCCCUCAACCCCAGACCCGUCCAAAGAGCGCCGCGCAUCCCUCAAGCGCCUAGCAUCUGGGCUCCGCAAUAGCAGCACCGAAAAGCUCAACGACACCUCCGUAACCUCUCUCCUCAUCCUACGGGCCCCAGCACAGUACCGCGUGGGCGCCCCCAGCACACUCAAGAUCUCGCUCCAAGCCACGCUUACAAACAGUAGCAUCGACCAACAACAACCGCCCGCCGCUGUCCACCUCCGCGGCAUCCGCGCCCAGGUCAGCGCCCACAUCACCUCGCGCGUCCCGCUCGCCUCGACCGCCACCGGCGACAUCCGCAGUGAAACCAUAGAGAAAUUCGAUCUCUUCAACCACCGCUAUGUCAAGCCCGGUAUCGAAAUCACGCACGACACCACCCUUGACGGGUUGCUGGUAAGCAUCAUCGUGCCCCCGACGUUCAAGACGUAUGCCGUGGCGCUGCGUUACGAUGUCAAGUAUAAUCUGCUUCUGGAAUGUGCGGGUAAGGAGUCGGAGCAUGAGGUCGAGAUGAAGGAUGUGGUUAUUGAGCCGAUGACGAGACCGGGCGGGCAUUUGGGGCCGCCGGAGGAACCGCCGCCGCCGUUGAGAGAGGGCGAGAUGGAUGUUGCAAGGGAGAUGAUGAUGAUGAGCCAGGGCGGUGCGAAUGGGGUUGUUUGGGAGCAGGUUCCGCCACCGGCAUAUCAGAGAUGA